AGUAAGUAAUGCAUAUCGGCUGUAAUGGGGAAAACCACAUAAAUUGAACAAAAGAUUUCUUUAAAAUAGACGAUACCAGUAACCGUUACUACAUUGUGCAAAAAAGGUAUUCAAAUUAAGUGGUAUUUCUGAUUUGGUUCAUUUAACUGGAAUCAUGUUUGGGCAGAGGAAUGUCGACAAACAUAUGCAUGUACCAGUAUUCAAAGAAAAAACAAUCAAUCAGUUCCCUGAAGAACCGGGAAUAACGGACAUUGCUCUUGUGAUAGAAGGAAGAAAAAUGUACACUGCUAAAUCAGUUCUCUCCAUGGCAUCCCCUGUCUUUAGAGCAAUGUUUUCUUCAGAUUUCAAAGAAAAAAAUGAAAAGGAAAUUGAACUUCCUGGGAAAGUCUACGGAGAUUUCGAAAAAUUUCUGAUGUGUCUAUCCCCAAAUAAAUGUUUGGAUUUGGAUGGUGACGUAAUUGAGAAGAUACUUCCAUUAGCUAAGGAAUAUCAGGUUGAUUCCAUCAUCGGCAGAUGUGAAAUAUGGCUUCUUAAAGAUAUGGAUGUGAAAGAAGCCAGAGAAGAAUCAAUGAGAGAUGAGGUGACAUUUUUAUUAAAAUCAUUCUUUUUCGGUAGUGAAUACAAAAUGCCAAAAAUACGAGCACGGACCUUGCAACGCCUAGUGCCAUUUAAACUGUCGACAUACAAAAGUGUACAACCGUUUUAUAAAGAUCUUGCUGAAAAAGACAAAGUAGAUCUUCUGGAGGCUAGAAUGGUAGAAAUAGAUUCUUUAUCCGACGGUAAAACUUCUAUAAGUUGUUAUUCACAUUUUUGGUAACUCUUUUUUUUUUUUUUUUUUUAUGUAUUAU